GUUGCAUUGAUUCAAACAGUCGGACAAGACGUUCCAGUCCCAUUUCGAAAAUGCAAUUCCUCUUUGCAAGUGUGUUGGUAUUGGCUGUAUCGGCUUGCGUUUAUGCCGAAGCUCAACCGGAUUCCGAUAACAGCAACCAAGAAAAGAAUUUCAAUGCGGGCGGACCAGAAUCCUCGUAUGCUGCUGUCCAACCGAGAGCUGAAGGCCGUUUCGUCUUCAAGACUGUGACGCUGAGUCUCCAGACGUCAACCAUCACUGCCACCACAACUUCGGUAACAACGUGCACGACAUCCACCGGUGGUCUUUCCGUUUGCACAGCUUCCGGACGACGUCGUCGUGGUCUCCAUCUCAGCGGAAACAAGGAAGGACGCGGACUGUUCUACAACGAAAAUGAAGAAGAAAGCGAAGAUGGCAACGUUUUCCUGCCAUUACCCAAAGUGGAUGUUCAACCCGUUCAACAGGAAGUUGAAUCUGCGCGUGAAGUUCGUGAGUCGAUUACACCGAUUCCAUACGUCGUACAGCCCGGAUUUGACGCUCCUGUCGGGCAAAGUCGGUUGUUAUUCACUUUUACCACGACGACCAUUACCAGCACGACCACAAUAACAUCCAUCGCCAGUCUCACAGCCAUUUGCAUAAGCACCACCGGAUUCCAGGUAUGCAAUUCCGCUGGUAAAAAGUAAAACGUGAACCAAUCCUGUUCAAGAAAAGCUAAACUACCUGACUCAUCGUUCUGCUUUUUGAUACUGCAUCCAAACAUGAUUCUCUGUUGUAUUUAUCGAUACACACAUACAUCCGCAAUAACUAUAUUCGAUAAAGUUUCAAGCUGCCUCGGCCUUUGUUACUGUAACCCAUUUUGUUUAUUGAUCUAUAUAUAUAUUCAACAAGCAUACAUUCAAAUCAAUUUUGAUGGA